CUGUACUUCAGCCGUCAUGCUCACUGCUGACUGACAGUGGACACACGUGUCCACUGAGGAAAACUGUGUUGGUGCUGGUCUGUAAUCCUGCUCUGAAACGGAUUAACAAAUAACUUUUAACAGUUACAAGACAGAGACAUGUCCUCCUGUGUGAUGAAGUCCAGAGGUAAAAACCCAUACACAGCCGUGCAGGUGGACCCAGACAGUGACUACAUCACACCGGGAACAUUAGACCUGGAGCAGCUGUUCUGGACAGGCACCGGGGCUCAGUAUGCACAUGUCAACCAGGUCUGGCCCAGAGUCUUCAUCGGGGAUGAGAAAACUGCUCUGGAGCGGCCUGGGCUGAAGGAUCUGGGUAUCACACAUGUCCUGAACGCUGCAGAGGGGAAGUGGAAUAAUGUGCUGACCGGUGCUGAUUACUACAGUGACAUGGACAUCCAGUACUACGGGGUAGAGGCUGAUGACAAACCCACAUUCAACAUCUCCCAGUACUUCAGACCUGCAGCCCAGUUCAUCCACGAGGCCCUAAGUCACCCACAGAACAAGGUGUUGGUGCACUGUGUGAUGGGUCGGAGCAGGUCAGCGACUCUGGUCUUGGCAUACCUGAUGAUGAAACACAGCUUGACCGUGGUGGAUGCUAUUGAGCGUGUGCGACAGCACCGCUGUAUCCUGCCCAAUCACGGCUUCCUAAAACAGCUCAGAGCCCUGGACAUUACAUUACAAGAGGAGAGGCUCCGAGAAAAAAGACAGAGGCAAGACCAAUAGCACAAAGCCAAGAAAUAAUAUGCCAGUGUUUACAACUUCAGUUUUCCAUCUGAAUCUAUCUCAGGUAUUUAAAAAUGUUCAUGUUUCUUUAACUACUGGAUCAAUAAA